ACGCGGAGGAGGAGACAUGAGCCGGCGGGCGCCCAGACGGAGCGGCCGUGACGCGUUCGUGCAGCAGCCGCGCGCUCCAGCUCUGGAGCGCUGACCCCUGGCCCCGCGCAGCCCCGCGCCCCGGCCAGAGAGCGCACCCCAGCUUCCAGCCCCGCCACGCAUGCUGUCCCCGGAGUGAACCGGACAGCCAGUUUCCCGUGGACGCCCGGACGGCCGGCCGGCCGGCAGUGAGCAAGCUUCCCCGCACCGGCUGGGCGCCUCCUGCAUAGCGGCGGCCGCCCCGCAGCCCCCGCGCCAGCCCGGAGGGCGCAGCGCUCGGGAGGAGCCGCGCGGGGCGCUGAUGCCGCAGGGCGCGCCGCGGAGCGCCCCGGAGCAGCAGAGUCUGCAGCAGCAGCAACCGGCGAGGAGGGAGCAGCAGCAGCGGCGGCGGCGGCGGCGGCGCCGGCGGAGGCGCCCGGUCCCGGCCGCGCGGAGCGGACAUGUGCAGGCUGGGCUAGGAGCCGCCGCCUCCUCCCCGCCCAGCGAUGUAUUCAGCGCCCUCCGCCUGCACUUGCCUGUGUUUACACUUCCUGCUGCUGUGCUUCCAGGUGCUGGCGGCCGAGGAGAACGUGGACUUCCGGAUCCACGUGGAGAACCAGACGCGGGCUCGGGACGAUGUGAGCCGUAAGCAGCUGCGGCUGUACCAGCUCUACAGCCGGACCAGCGGGAAGCACAUCCAGGUCCUGGGCCGCAGGAUCAGCGCCCGUGGCGAGGACGGGGACAAGUAUGCCCAGCUCCUAGUGGAGACAGAUACCUUCGGCAGUCAAGUCCGGAUCAAGGGCAAGGAGACGGAGUUCUACCUGUGCAUGAACCGGAAAGGCAAGCUGGUGGGGAAGCCCGACGGCACCAGUAAGGAGUGCGUGUUCAUCGAGAAGGUCCUGGAGAACAACUACACGGCCCUGAUGUCGGCCAAGUACUCCGGCUGGUACGUGGGCUUCACCAAGAAGGGGCGGCCGCGGAAGGGCCCCAAGACCCGGGAGAACCAGCAGGACGUGCACUUCAUGAAGCGCUACCCCAAGGGGCAGGCGGAGCUGCAGAAGCCCUUCAAGUACACCACGGUGACCAAGCGGUCCCGGCGCAUCCGCCCCACGCACCCCGGCUAGAGGCACAGAGGACUGCACCAGAGGAAUAUUUUUACAUGAAAAAGAAGGAAGAAGCUCUAUUUUUGUACAUUGUGUUUCAAAGAAGACAAAAACUGAACCAAAACUCUUGUGGUGGUGGGGGAGGGAGGGGGGACGAUAAGGAUUGUUGACUUGAACCCCCCCCCCCGCCGCCCCCUCCCCCCCGAUGACAAAGACUCACGUCACGCAAAGGGACUGUUGUCAGCGCACAGGUGCUUGUCUCUCUCAGAACAGACAACUCUAAACGCGUCCCCGGAGGAGGACUUGAAUGAGGAAAACGACACUCUGAGAAACCAAAGUCCUUUUUCCCAAAGGUUCUGAAAGCAAAAGAAAAAAAAAGCAAAAAAAAAAAAGUAGUCAACCACCCCCCCCCCCCACAAAGAACUUCCCCCUCUUUUCCAAUCUCCUGUCCUUGCCCCAAACUCCAACAAAAAUCGCUCUCUGGUUUGCAGUCAUUUAUUUAUUGUCCGCUGCAAGCUGCCCCGAGACACCGCGCAGGGAAGGCGUGCCCCUCGGAAUUCUCGGCGCCUCGACCUCCGACGACAGACGGCCUCGUCCAAUCACGGUGACCCUGCCUUGCUUGCAGCCUGCAGGAUGCUGCUAUGGACCUUCCGUGACCCACGUGACCUAGCACACCAAUGAUAAGGGAAUAUUUUAAAACCAGCUAUAUUAUAUAUAUUAUAUAUAUAUAAGCUAUUUAUUUCACCUCUCUGUAUAUUGCAGUUUCAUGAACCAAGUAUUACUGCCUCAACCAUUAAAAACAAUCGACAAAUUAUUUAAAAAACAAACAAACCACGAGGCAUUGAGUGGUGGCCGGGGGCAGGGCAGGGCAGGGCAGCCCUCCUGUGUUUCGUUCUUCUGGGUCUGUGGUCUUUGCACGGAGAGCUGGGGCCUUGCUCAUUCAUUCAAUUCAUUCAUUCAUUCAUUCAUUCAUUCAUUCAUUCAUUCAUUCACUGAUUUAUUCAACACCUGCUAUGCUCCUGGCACUGAGAAUGCAGCCUUAAACAUAGCAGAUGGCAAUCCUGGCCUUCAGCGAGAUUACAUUCUGAUGAGCCAUUGGUUCGAUGAUUGACUCAGUUGUACGGUCGCCUACAGAUACUCUCACACCAUCUACUCGGCAUCUCUGAUGUGCCACGGCUGUAUUUGAGGCCCUGGGGAUUUAUGAAAGAACACAAGAAAAAAAAUCCCAGCCCUCAGGGAACUUGUACUUAUCAUAAUUCAUCGCUUCAUUCAUGGAUCUAUGGAUUCAUUUACUCAGUAUAUAUCUCCUAAGUCCUCAGUAAGUGCCAGGCACUCGUUUAGGUCCUGGGAAUUCAUCAAAGACCCAAACAGACAAAAAAUAAAAAUCAUGCCUCAUGGAGCUUGCAGGGCAGGGAUUACUCAGCGAGUCCUUUGUGGGGCCCACUCCGGCUGAACAAGGCAGGGCGGCCCCGCUCUCCUCCGCCUGGUGGUGGAGGAGUCAGAGGGCAGGUCAGUGGGGGCCUGGUGUUUCCCUCCUUGGACCCUCACGGGCUGGAGCACAAGGAGCCUGUCUGGCCUCGUCGACGCCCAGGGCCUGUUCUAGGUCUUCCCAGGCUGUCCAGGAGCGUAGGGAGAGGCCGGUGAGCAGACCGGGCAGGAGACUGGCUGAGGUGGGUCCUGCUGGGGUCACCUGCCUCCCGGCCAGGAGAGGUCUCCCAUGAAGCCCUGUGCAGAGAGGAGGG